AUGUGGGCUGCUGCUCUGGCGGGAAAAACCUUCUGGAUGCAUGGGAGAGGCAGGAACGUCUGUCUUCUGGCAUUUCUGCUGGCCGUCAGUCUCCACUUCGGGUGGAACCUCCUGAGUCGAAGUUGCGAAGGGCUGUCUUGGGCCAAUGGUUGCAGCAAUCCAGAGGUCUUGCUUUCCCGGGCCUUCGGACAAGAUGGCACCAGGACGGAAGAGGCUUGCGUGCCGGAUGGCAUGCGCAGAGCACAGGUUGCUGCCGGCUUCGACAUGGUGGUCUUGGGGGACAACGACAUCGUUUCUGCAUCCAUUUACCACCACCAUUACUGGGAAAUGAGAAAGCCGAGUGCCAUGGCUGCCAAAGCUGACGCAGUGCUUCCUAGGUCAGGCACCUUCCUGGAUGUCGGUGCCAACCUCGGCUACUACAGUUUGCUCUUUGCGACUGCAGGCUUUGAUGUAGUAGCAGUGGAGGCAAUGACACGGAACCGCAAAGCCAUCGAGGGCAGCCUUUGUCUCAACCCAGAGCUGCGAUCGCGUGUGAAGAUUGUGCCCGUUGCGCUGGUGUCUCCGGAGGAGCUCAGUUCAACCACCUGUGUCAUCAAAAGCACCAGCAGGAAGAUAAACAUCGGGAAUGGGGCCUUGUCGUGCGGUUCUGGACUCACAUGCGAAGCCGGCGACGCCAACUGUGAAGUAGUGCCAGUGAAGACUUUGGAUAUGGUUCUCUCAGAGGUGUCUCCAAGAUCCGUGGACGUGGUGAAGAUGGACGUCGAGGUCCACGAAUGUCAAGUGCUGGCCGGAGGUGGAUCCUUGUUUACUGACUACCGUCCACAGAUCCUUCAUAUCGAAACAGCUUUCGGAGACAGCGGCAAGUGUGUUCAGGCAAAGGCUUCUGCGCACGGCUACCGCACCAAAACCGUCCAAGGAGACACCGUAAUGGUGGCAUCUGACUCUGGCGGAAGCGGCCCUGCUGAUGGUGUGGCUGCAGCCGAAAUCGCGCGGACAAGCUGUGUGCCAAACGGCAUGCGCAAAGCUCGCGUUUCUGCUGGCUUCGAUAUGGUGGUCUUGGGGGACAACGACAUCGUUUCCUCAUCAAUCUACCACCAACGUUUUUGGGAGAUUAAGCAGCCAAGCAGCAUAGCGUCCAAAGCUGACGCUGUGCUCCCAGCAUCAGGAACCUUCCUAGACAUCGGCGCCAACCUCGGCUACUACAGUUUGCUCUUCGCGAAAGCAGGCUUUGAUGUAGCCAAGGCUUCUGCGCACGGCUACCGCACCAAAACCGUCCAAGGAGACACUGUAAUGGUGGCAUCUGACACUGGCGGCAGCGUUGUUAGCCCUGCUGCUGGCCUGGCUCCUGCAGAGACCUUGCCGGCGAAUUGCACCUUCCUAGACAUCGGCGCCAACCUCGGCUACUACAGUUUGCUCUUCGCGAAAGCAGGCUUUGAUGUAGUAGCAGUGGAGGCAAUGACACGGAACCGCAAAGCCAUCGAGGGCAGCCUUUGUCUCAACCCAGAGCUGCGAUCGCGUGUGAAGAUUGUGCCCGUUGCACUGGUGUCUCCUGAGGAGCUCAGUUCAACCACCUGUGUCAUCAAAAGCACCAGCAGGAAGAUAAACAUCGGGAAUGGGGCCUUGUCGUGCGGUUCUGGACUAACAUGCGAAGCCGGCGACGCCAACUGUGAAGUAGUGCCAGUGAAGACUUUGGAUAUGGUUCUCUCGGAGGUGUCUCCAAGAUCCGUGGACGUGGUGAAGAUGGACGUCGAGGUCCACGAAUGUCAAGUGCUGGCCGGAGGUGGAUCCUUGUUUACUGACUACCGUCCACAGAUCCUUCAUAUCGAAACAGCUUUCGGAGACAGCGGCAAGUGUGUCGAGGCAAAGGCUUUUGCGCAUGGCUAUCGCACGAAGACGGUGCAAGGAGACACCGUGAUGGUAGCGCCUGGCUUCUAG